UACUUUUCUGCGUUACCGUUAUUUAUGUAAACCGUAACUUGCAAACCACAGCACACGUCCAUUCAAUUAAUAUUUUUUCAUGUGGCAAUGUCAUUUCAGUCAGUCAACAUGGCGGCCCAAGAUGAAGUUGACGUAUGUGAAAGUUGGGAGGAUAUGGACGAAAUUGGCUUGGACCAGAAGAUCAGGCUGAUGUCAAGUGACUGCGCGCCAGUACAAACUUCACUCAAAGGUUGCAAGGUUACUGUUGAGGAGAGCGCGUGUAUUGGAUCUCAGUGCGUGAUGCCGGAGCCAGCUAUCCGUAUCCUAAAGAGGCCGUCAUCGUCGGGCAGUGGGCAGCUGAACGGCGAGAGUCGCGCGCGCCCGGUCAAAACACUUGAACAAAGGCAAAAAGAGUACGCCGAGGCUCGGCUCCGGAUCCUGGGCGAAGCCCGGAGCCCCGAAGACGUUAUUGAUGACAACCUCAGCCGGCUACAAGACAAAUUGCAAGCAAACAAUCUCAAUGACAAUCAAAAUAGUAAUAAGACAAAGACUUCACAAUGUGACAAUAAUACCAAAGGAAGGGAACGGAAAGUGCUGAGUCGUCUCCCGGGCGGCGCGGCGGGCGGCGGCGUGUUCCCGUCGCCGCCGCCGCGCGGGGUCCUCGUCAUCCGCACGCCGCGCGGGCCCGACGGCACCAAGGGCUUCCUCAAGAGGUAGCACCACCCACGCCCACACUCACACACACCACACACUCUUCCAUCCAUACUUCAUAUUACGAUAAAUUACCAGUUAUGCUGUUGUUUUUGAUAUUAGCAUAAUAUUGUUUCACAGUUUUUAAUUAUUUGUAUGGAGUGUUUCGAUUUGCUUCAAGACUUAGUUUAAGCCCAUGUUAUUGUAUUACUGUGUGAUAUUUAUAUUAGAAUCAUGAACUAAAUCAUGCUUGUGUUGAUUCUAUUAAAUAGUCACAAAUGGUGAAUAAAGUGUAUGUUAGGAAUCUGGAAUUGCUCCACUGCUAUGAAGUUUCUAAACUGAAUUUAGCAUAUAUUAUGAUUAUUAGCAGCAUUAUCAUUUGCUAAGGUCUCUGCAUGUUCUAGAUACAUACAUUUAUGCUUUGGUAAUGGCGUAUUUACGCUUUGAUUAGUACAAGUGGAUAUAUUCUUACACAGUAUAAUGAAUAAUUAAUAAGAGCAAAAUCGUGACAUCUAUAACUUACUAUUUUACACUGUAAUUACUUGCACUAAUCAAAUCUGUAACUUGGCCGAUACUUGUGAAUGUCAAUUAUUAAACUUUAAAGCACAUUUGAUGAACUAUCGUAAAUUAUAAUAAGAAUAAAUUAAAAAUUGUGAAAUAAGAUCAAAAUUAAGAGUGCUCACUUCUGGGAACAAUGUUAUUGUUAUAAUAAACGUUUUUGUAAAAUAUGUCGCAGUUAAUAUGAGAUUUAUGAAAUGAACACUCUCACAAAAUUGUAUGUGUGCAUUUACAUAUAUUAUUAACAUAUAUAUGCAUAAUUUACAGUUACAUUAAAAAUAAAAAUGUCAUUAUUCACAAAAUUAUAUGAAUUUAAAUAAAUGGUCUAAUUAUCACUAUUGCGUGAUGAUACAAUUUAUUAAAUAUAUAACAAAAAAUUCAAAGUUUUAGCAUUAAACUUUUUAUAUACAGUUUUUCUACAUGUAUAGCGUAUUUUUAGGAUAAGAUAUUGCUAACUGUAUAUUUAUAGUAUAUUAUUUUACUAUGUUAAGUUUUUCAAUGCUUUCCGAUUGUUUGUGCCAACUCGGACCUGUGAUACCAGCUUUUGAUAUGGAAGCCAAUCUGUUUAUGCAUUAAAGUAGUUGGAACAAUCAUUAGCACUAGAUUUUGAGGUCUUUGAAAGCAGUGGAGUGGACACAAACGAUUUGAUUUAGCAUUACAAGUGUGACUGAUAUGUGUGUAUGUUUGACCACACAUUAUUUUGAUCAUAAUUAUUAUGUACGAUAUUAUCCUAUUUAUACAAUAAGUCUUUAGACUGAAAUAACUUUACUAUCUACGAUUGUAGAACAAAAUCUAUCUCAAGUCAAUAAAAAGCUUUUGAUACAUGUAAAGUUAAUUAAUAUAGCUAUUAUGCUAGUUACUAACAAUUAGUAAUAAGUGUGAUCAGAAUAAUGGUGGUCGGAUUAAACCAACGCUAGAGUAAGACUACAUAAUAUAACAAGGAUUGUGAUAUAGAAUAAUUGUCUUAUUGCAAACCUUAGCUGAAUUGUUAAGAUGUCUUUGUACAGAGAGAUGCUACACUUAUCAAUUGACAUGUACUUUUAAUAUUGAAUGUUCGCUAUAAGAAGUACAGGGUACCAAGUCAAUGAUUUAUUAUCCUAAAUAUGUGUAUUAUAGAAUGGAAUUGAAAGUCGAUAACCGUACCACAUUCGUUGACAAGGGAUGUGGUACGGUUUUCGACAAGUAACGGUUUUUACUCUUAUGACUAGUCUUUUUUUUUAAAGCUUUAGAGUCUGUAGUCAUCUGAUCGUAGGGAAAACCAGCCUAAUUUAAAAACAGUAUUUGGUAUUAUCAUUUUGAACUACAAUUCUGAACAGAGUCAAUUUAGCGGUCUAUACCGCUUCAUAACUAAUCCAUACCCCUUAAAUAUAAACUGAAAUGGUCAAUAUCCUUGUUGAAGUAAGCUACAGAAUAUAGACCAUCAAUUUCUACAAAAUUAUUUAACUGCAGAGCAGAUAACUAUACAAAGAAAGAACAGUGAAUUACACGCAUUAUGAAACCUCGCGCUGUCAAAUAAUCGUAAGAACACCGGUUUUGUAACGUGCGUGUUUAAAGAUUUGAAACUUAGCCAGUUUUAUUUAGGUUACAUCAUGUAGUUAGAAAAUUCACUAUAACUGUAUAUAAUAACCUUGGUUCCAAUCUAAAUUUAAAAUCAAUUUCAGAGUAAUUUCUCAGGGUUUUAUAAUCAUUCUCUGUCAAUUUGACAAGUUGUUUUAGCCAGUCUGUUAAUUUAAAUUGCACUCUAGUUCAAGGUGAUAAGACUUAAAUUCAUUACUAAAAAAUCUUGGUAAAAAAUGUAAUGCCAUUUCUAUGUUAGUUUUAAUUGGCGUAUCUGAAGCAUUUGCCUUGACUGAUAUUUAAUGUUUGUGUUGUUCCUGUUUUAUGCAAAUGAUUAUAAAUAUUAAUAAAUUAUUGUUACAACAAAGCUUUUGCACGGUAAUUAUUAUAAAUGGCUAACAAAUAAUGGCUUGUAUAAAACAGGUAUUUAACAUAUCGCAGUACUAAAUUCAAUUCAAAUCUUCGUUCGUUUUACUGGGAAAUUUAAUUCAAAUAUUAAAUUAAAUUGAAAAAGUGUCGGAAACAUAUUGAAAUUGAUUAACAGAAAACACGAAAAAAUAUUUGUAUGGCGGAUUAAACAAUUUAUACUAAUUUAAACGGUUUACUUGCGCAUGUGGGUUUGGGAUCGACCGACUAGUUUUAUAUCUAGUAACAGUAUUUUAUCAUGCCGACGCGGCCGUUCUGUUAUAAGCUAGUGGGAUAAUACCCAAGAGAUACACGCAAGUAGUCCAGCAAAAAAGAUUUAAAGAAGCAAUAAUAAUAGCAAUAAAUUUUCAAUUCCAUCCUAUAUGUACCUACAUAUGUAUGAAAUAGAAGGGUGAUACCAUAAUAUCAUACUAUUGUUAAAAUUAGAUUGCGUUUAAUACUUAUGUUAUGUUCUUACAGUGUAAAGGAAGAUCAAAUAAAAAGGCUUGUAGAUAGGUUGCAUGCUUUCACAACGAAGCUGAAAAGGUGCCAAAAUUCAAAUAGAGUGCUAGAUAUGUUCAGUUUUCUUUAUUUCGUUUUUUUUUAAUGAAUUAUGUGAAUGCUUUGUCUUAAAAUUUAAUUAAUUGUGUUUGUGGCUUCGCUAAUUUCUAUGUUAAAUGCUCUGUCUAUUCGUGUUUUGGUCUGUGGCAACAUUUCAACAGGGUCCCGAUGCGGAUGCAGCUAUUUACAAUUGCCGAUGAAUUCAUGGAAAUUGGAUUCCAAUGACAGUGAGUGUUCCGCUCCGUUCUUCAUUUUCAAUUAUUGUGUUGGCAGAAAACGAAUAGUGUCUAAAUUAAUCCAAUUUCUAUUUAAUCAUCGGCAAUUGAAAAUAACGGAAUCGGGGCCCUGUAUUCGACGGACAGUUUAAGUCUUAAACACUUUCUAAGACAAUAUUUUAUGGUAUUCCCGAAAGUAUCGGUUUGUUUAAUCAUUAACAACUCGCCUACUUAUAAGUUUCUCUGUACCGUACGCUAUGUACGGCGUAUUGUUCGAAACAAUGUCGACACUUAACUUUUAGUUUCUGUACAUACACUAGAAUAAUGCCGGUAGCAAACCGGCCAAGUAUGGAACUUGAAGUAUUUUAAACUUUAUCAACUCAUUCUAUGUAAGACAACCCUAGAAUGGGCUGGUAAACUAAUCACCGCAGGACUACAGAUUGGUGAUCAGCCCAAUCUAUCACCAACUCGAUUGCGGCCCUAUUUAAUAAACCAACUGUGUCUUUAUUUUUAGUAUAGAUAUUAUUGAAGUUUUUAUACGACCGUAUGUGCAUAAGCUGUUGAACGAAACAUUAGCUAGAACAACAAACUUGUCAGAUACAAACAUUGUUGUAACAAUAAUUUAUUUAAAAUAAAAUAUUAGUCAUCUCA